CUGGCUCGAAUCUACUCCUUCGUGCAUCCCGCCCUCCUCCUGGUACUUGCGGCAUCGCGCUUCGAAGCAGUGGUCACCAAUCCCGUUCAGGAAUUAUUGAAUGAUCUGCCAUGGCUGGCACUGUUGCAACUCUUCUACGUGAUCCUUUGCGUUCCGCCAGCUGGCUCCCUCGAAACCGCUAGCUCCGGCGACAACGAAGAGAAGAAGAAGGCUUCCCCUCGCUCCCCUUCAGCUCCCCGUCCUGGAAAAUCGGGCCAUCGCCGAAAGCAAGCUUCUGGGAAGAAUGUCUGGGCUGGUCUUUGGGCCAGAUUGAUGCCCGCACUCCUGUCUAUCACUCUCACAACUUUCAUCGCGACCCCUGUCCUCGCCGCUCUCCUGGUCUUGUUUGGCGCUCCCCUGACAACACACAACGCGGAGACCGUGCUCUGCGCUGCCCACAUGGCAUUCCUUUCUGCGUCUAGUUUGGUUUACGCUCACGGUGUUGACGGCUUGGUGUGGAAGGAGGUUUGGGGAAUCGCUCGACCUGCUGAUGCAGUUUGGGGUGGCGCCCUGGGUACCGGACUUGGUGCUUGGUUUGGUGCCAUCCCGAUCCCUCUGGACUGGGACCGCCCCUGGCAAGCUUUCCCCAUUACCAUCCUUGCUGGUGCAUACAUCGGUUACGCAGCUGGGUCGUUGAUCUCACGGACCCCAUUCUUAUAUGGCAAGCGAGUCCAAUUUGCGCCGGAGAACAUUGAGGGCGAGGAAAAGAAGACAAACUGA